AUGAUUAAACAUUUGGAUUGUCAUAGACUAAAGCGUUCCGUUCAGAACGGGAACAAGAGAGUGCAUGCCGAGACGUAUCGAGGAGCCACAACGGGUGCAAUGCAAUACCACAUUAAGCCAUGUCUCCAAAGAAAACCUGACGAAAUCAUUCUACACGUUGGGACAAACGAUCUCAAAGAGAAAAAUCCAAAUGAAGUGGCAAAGGGCGUCUUGAAGGUAUGUAAUAUCAUAAAGAAAGAGAGUCCACGAACUAAAGUUGUGAUUUCAGAGUUGAUAAUAAGAACUGACUCGCCAAAUCUUAAAGAUCGAGUUGAAGAAGUAAACAAACAACUUUUUACUUAUUGCAACCAGAAUAACUGGAAUUACAUUAGGCAUAAAAAUAUUGGAGUUAAUCAUUCAAACACAUAUGGUCUUCAUCUUAACAGGCUAGGAACAGCAACCUUAGCAAGGAACAUUCCAUUAUAUUUGAACAGUGAUAGGAAACAUAAUUGAAAUUAUAUCGCUCCUGAGAAUUUGAACAAUUGGGAUCAUCUAAACAAACAAUUGAAGUAGAAAAAAUUGCUAACACGACAACUAGAUCUAGUAUAACUCAACAGCGACAUAAACUGAAGGGCUUCAAGAUAUGUCAUUUAAAUAUCAGAAGCUUAGUUAAAAAUAUAGAUCAGUUUAGGAUAUAUAGUCAUAACUGCAAGUUUGAUAUAAUAUGUUUAAGUGAAACAAUGCUAGACGGUACAAUCCAAGAUUAUGAAGUAAAUGUUAAUGCAUACGAAGUUAUUCGUAAAGAUAGAAAUCGUAAUGGCGGGGGUGUUGCGAUUUAUAUUAGAAAUUGUAUAAGCUAUAAAUUACGGCCAGACUUAGAUCACGCAAAUUUGGAAUCAAUCACAGUUGAAAUUUUCAAACCAAAAGCGAAGUCGUUUUUAAUCAAUACAUGGUAUAGACCACCGGGUACAAGUCUUAAUUGAUUUGUUUAGUGAUUACGAGGAGUGUAUUGCAAAGAUGGAUUAUGAAAAUAAGGAAGUUAUCACAAUUGGAGAUUUCAACUGUGAUUGGAACAAUCUCGGAGAACGUACAAUUUCCCCUCAGACAAAAAGCAUCGUUGAUCUUGCUCAAACAUUUCAAUACGAACAAUUGAUUUAAAGAAUCAACGAGAAUAACCGAAACUUCUAGUACGUUAAUGAUCGUUAAUAGACUUGGCAUUCAGUAACAAGCCAGAACUGAUUAUUGACUCGGGCGUGGAACACAUAGGAAUAAGUGACCAUAGCAUGAUCUAUGUCUGCCGAAAAGUUUCUAUUCCCCGAAAAGAGCCAAAAAUUGUCAACACAAGACAGUAUAAAUAUUUCGAAAUUAAUGCUUUUAGAUCAGAUUUAAUUGAAAUUUUCCAAAUACAAUCAAACCUUACAAACCCAAACAUUCUUUGGGAGGAGUGGAAAUCAAAAUUUUUGGCGGUUGCUGAUCUACAUGCGCCACCAAUUACACGGAAAGUUAGAAGUGAGUAUGCUCCUUGGAUUACAGAAAAUAUUAAGAAAAGUAUGCAAAAUAGAGAUUAUCUUAAAAAAAAGGCCGUUAAAUCGGGCUCAAGGAAUGUGCACGAAGCGUAUAAAAGAGCAAGAAAUGAAGUAAACAAGCUCGUUAAAAACACGAAAACUAAAUACUUUAUGAAUGCCCUAAGUGAAAAUAAUCAAAAUCCUAAAACAAUGUGGAACACAAUUAGGACAUUGACAAACAAAAAUUCUAAAACAACUAACAUCACUGAGAUCCACGUUGAGAAUGACCACUCUGUUACCGAGCCUAAACAGAUUGCUGAUGCCUUUAAUACAUUUUUCAUUAAUAUUGGUACUCAACUGGCUGAUGCUUUACCUGUAACCAACAUAACACCAGAAUCAUUUAUCACCCCUGCGAAUUCCUCUUUUGAAAUUCAUACCGUUUCAAUUGAAAAGGUAUUUAAUUUACUUUCCACUAUAAAGGUUUCUAAGGCAACAGGACACGAUAAAAUCUCACCAAAAUUGCUGAAAGACUCUGCAGAUAUCAUAGCGCCAUCUUUGGUUAAUAUCUUUAACCAAUCUAUUAAAACUGGUAUCUUUCCUGAUGAUAUUGCACUUUCCACCUUUCAUGGCAAUGCCUGCAAUGAUGAGCUGCAUCAUAAACCUGGCAUGAUUGCAACUUACAAUCAAUUCAUGAAUGGUGUUGAUCGAGCUGAUCAGUUGCUCUCCCACUAUUGUUUGAACAACAAGAUUCGCAAGUGGUGGAAAAAAGUAUUUUGGAGGCUACUUGAAAUGUGCAUAACUAAUGUUUACGAAAUUAGAAAAUUCAAAGAUAGCAAAGUGGUUCACAAGCAACUGAGACUCACCAUUACUUGA